CGUAUUUUGAAUUUUUCGCGCUUGCGCCUGAAAGUAUUUCAACGACUUACGUAUUACUUGUUGUAUUUUCUAAUUAUUCAAUUGACUACUUGAAAUUUCUGUCGCUCUGUCAGAACGCUCUUUUAAACGGCCCUUCUAAAUAAGGAAAGAUGGUGAACGUUCCGAAACAAAGGCGCACUUUUUGCAAAAAGUGCAAGGUCCACAAGCCACACAAAGUAACUCAAUAUAAAAAAAGUAAGGAAAGACAUGCUGCCCAGGGUCGACGUCGUUAUGACCGUAAACAACAAGGUUUUGGUGGACAAACUAAGCCUAUUUUCAGGAAGAAGGCCAAGACUACUAAGAAAAUUGUAUUGAGGAUGGAAUGUACUGAAUGCAAGUACAGAAAACAAAUCCCACUUAAACGUUGCAAGCAUUUCGAACUUGGUGGUGACAAAAAGAGGAAGGGGCAAAUGAUCCAGUUUUAAGUGCUAACCAUCUUUUAAAAAUUGGAAUAACUACUGUAUUUGCUAAGAAAAUAAAAAGAAAUCAUUCUUUAAUUAUAAA